AUGGCGCGUAUAUCUCUUGCAGACUGGCCUACCACCGAGCCUUUCUUGAAACUGCCUCAUCCCUACUUGACCCCGUAUCUUGUCUUCCAGAGCAGCAAGUCGCAUCCAGAGAUUCCCGAGGCAAAGCUGUUCCAGCUCAGAGUAGGCCAGCAGGAUGCUUCUCGAACAACUCCUCCGCAACCAUUGCACAAUGAGAAGCUUUACUUCACGGAGCCACAGGACUUGAAAUCUAGUGACAGACCUGCCGACUCCAACAACACAGCUUGGGCGCGCGCACGACGAUCUCCGUCUGUCACGAUCCUCUGGGACGAUGCCACACCGUCGCUGGGCCAGGUAUGGCUCCUCAGCUAUAUUCUGUUUACGGUUCGAGCAGACGAGGAGUUCAUCCGCCUGAGACUCGUCGGUGAGGGAAAGGAUAUCAUUGCGACACAAUUGAAAACAGUCAUGCUCGCCGUCAAUCACCCCCUUGGAGACUCCCAUACUGGCCUGCCAGAUGAGCUGAUCCUCAUCCGGUCCACCUUCUGGCAAGGCGCUGGCUCUCCAUUCGGUUCUCGCCCUAUCUGGCUUCCUGAAGACAAUGCUGCGGGUCUCUCCUCACUACCGCCAGCACCUCUGGACUACAUCAUGACCAACAAUCCACAAACUGCGCUCUGUUGGCACCCCAGACGGGCCGCUAAACCUCGGCCGGGUUCUGUCAUAUAUAGCAGAUACAUUCCACACCUCAAGGAAACAUUCUCCAUGAUCGCACUUGAUUAUGAAAACCCAGAGCACCUGGCCUUGUUUCACCAGUGGCAGAAUGAUCCUCGCGUCUCGCAGGGCUGGAAUGAGACGGGGACGCUAGAACAGCACCGCGAGUACCUGCGCAAAAUCCACGAUGACCCUCACCAAUUCACCGUUCUGGCAGCCUUCGAUGACACCCUAUUUGCAUACUUCGAGAUCUACUGGGGCAAGGAGGACCGCCUCGGGGCCUAUUACCCAGCCAACGACUUCGACAGGGGCCGACACUCCCUGGUCGGCGACAUUCGAUACCGAGGACAGCACCGGGUUGGAGCAUGGUGGUCGAGCCAAAUGCACUACCUCUUCCUGGAUGACCCGCGCACCAUGUACAUUGUCGGCGAACCCAAGUUUACCAACUCUAUCGUGCUGACGUAUGACCUGAUGCACGGCUUCAGCAUCGACAAGUUUGUAGACCUCCCUCAUAAGCGCAGUGGAUUGAUGAAGUGCUCCAAGGAGCGCUUCUUCCAGAUAUGUCCACUUGGUGAGGAUAGCGGCGGCAAGGUCAAGGUGGUGGGUGGAACUGGCAUUGGAUUGGUACCAAAGCUGUGA